GGUGAGUGAAGCUUUGCAAAGUCGAAGCUCAACAAUCUCAACAUCUCGCUAUGGCGCUUUUCUUGAUGCAGAAGUGGGAGCAGAUGCAGGACCGGGUCACAGACUGGACAGGACUUCUCUCCAAUUUGUCUCACAUCCGUGGAGAGGUUGGAGACAUGUCACCUGCUUCGAUCGCAGCAGCUGUGGUGGUUGGACUCCGAGCAGUGCAUGUGAUGAAUCGACUGAUUGACACCGCCUUACAGGAAGUUCUCUUGAGUCAAACACGAUUCGCGAACUUCCUCCUGCUUUUCGCAGCGGGAUCUGGAAUCCAUGUUGCCUCCAAAUAUCGAGAAACCAUCACGCAGCAUUUGAAUGUGACGCGUGGAGCCGCUUCUUUCGACAGUGCUGAAAGGGCAGAGUGGCUUGUGCAACUGAUCCAUAAUCUAAAGCGAUUGCCGCCCAACUUUUGGUAUUCCUCCGCGGCAACGGGUCUGCUGUCCUUGCAGAUUGCACAACGACUUGGGGUGUGGUGUCUACAGAAGACAGCUCGUUCGAGGAUAGGAAACUACAUAUUGAAGAGCGUCUUCAUCGCUGUCUUCUUGGCGACCUUCCGCUCUGAGCUCCUUGCGGAAGCGCAGGUGAAGUGGCUCCGGGAUCGGACGCAAUCGCUGAUGGCAAGCAACCGCAGUCAGGACAGUCUGCAAGACAGAGCACGGGCUGCCACAGGUGCAGCCUUUCGAUCUGUGUGAAAAAUGUGAGCGCAACAGCUUCAGCUGUGCACAGCAUGGAUAUCUUCAUGGAAAAGGGAAA